UGUGUAGUGACUCAUUCUGACUGAGUAUUAUAAGUACGUGUCAUUUCAUAUGGGACGUGGCGAUAUAAAUUCACACAAGUGCAUGAUAGCCUGCCUACCUCGCUUUACGCGCAUGCGCUUUUGAGGAGACCAUUUCGUUAUGGCUGACAGUGGCUGGCCAGGAUGUGCAAAGAGUUUGAAAGGUGUCAUUUUGGACAUGUGUGGCGUUUUAUAUGACUGCGGGGAGGGCGACGGGGUUGCCAUUGCUGGUUCCAUUGAAGCAGUGAAACGGCUCAAGGCAUCAAACCUGCAGCUGCGCUUCUGCACCAAUGAGACCCAGAACGCCAGAGAGACGUUUGUAGCCAUGCUCCAAAGACUGGGCUUUGACAUCUCCGUGUCUGAGGUCUUCUCUCCGGCUCCUGCAGCCGUAGCUGUCCUUAAGGAGAGGGGUUUACGACCUCACCUGCUGGUGUAUGAUGGACUUCUCCCAGAGUUUGAAAGUGUUGACAAGACCAACCCAAACUGUGUGAUCAUUGGAGACUCGGCUGAAAAAUUUACAUACCAGAACCUUAACGAGGCGUUCAGGGUCCUUAUAGGCCUGGAGAAGCCAGUGCUGUUCUCUCUGGGCCAAGGGAGGUACUACAAGGAGUCAAAUGGUUUGAAUCUGGAUGUUGGGGCGUACAUGAAGGCUCUGGAGUAUGCCUGUGAUUUAAAGGCUGAAGUUGUUGGAAAGCCAUCCCCAAGAUUUUUCCAGAGUGUUCUCAAUGACAUGGGGCUUCAACCGCAUGAGGCACUGAUGAUUGGGGACGAUCUGGUGAACGAUGUGGGUGGGGCCCAAAACUGUGGAAUGAAAGGCGUACAAGUCAGGACUGGCAAAUACAGGCCCAGUGACGAGAGGCACUCAACGGUGACGGCUGGCGGCACUGUGGACAACCUGGCUCAAGCUGUGGACAUGAUUCUCAAUCAGAGGCACUGAAUACAAGGCAUCUCUCCACUUACUGUGACCCUGGGUGAUGAAGUUUCUUUUAGGAAGUUUUUCCGUCUAUACUGUACAGUCUGUAAAACAGACAAAAUGUUUAAUAUUGGGCUAUAUAAAUAAAUACAUUUGAUUUGGUGCACGCUAGUAUUUUCAUGUAACUCUUUAAGUGUUGUUCCCAGUAUGAAGGAUCGACUGCAUUAAAGGUAUUUCAAGUAACGUGUCAAAGCAGUCCAAAACUAAAAUACCAUCCAAAUACUGCACUGUCAUAUAUGGGAAACACCCUCCCAUCUGAUGCUCCACAUGCUGUGAAACAAACUAGGAUAACAUAACAUGCAGAACUAUUACCCAAGUCUACAAGAGAUAAGCUUUUCUUGAACAUUUUAGGGCUGCACCGUGCAUUUGUCAGUACAUGAUUGGCAUAGAUAAGAUACCUCAAGUCGACACAAAUGUGCCUGUAACCAGCUGUUGACUGACAGUUAGAAGGGUAAAGUAAUGCUGUGUGUUCAGAUUAUUUACCAAUGUUUCAAACUCAAAUUCUUUUGAGGAGAUACAGUAUAUGAAACUUUUAGUUUUAGUCCUUGAAAUGCAGCUGUGAAGUAUUUUAACAUGUAUUAAUUGAUGUAAGUAGCCGAUUAUAUUUCGGUAAUGUUGUUUUUGCUCACAACCCUUCACACAAAACAUGUACACUCUUAAUAAAGCAGCAGGGCGCCGUCUGUAAUGCAACUAUUAUAAAAAUAAAGAUGUUUUCAACCUGAA